AUGGUCUGGAACGAAUACAACGACAGCGAUAUCCUAUUCUCCUGCAAUAAAUCUUACAACAGCAAUGUCGAACUCAAUAAAUAUAUCCUGCAGGCGAUCUACUUAUUCCCAAUGUCCAUUUUGAAUUUCUUCAUUUUCUACACUAUAAUGAUACGUAAUCGAGCGCAAUAUUCGUCGAACUCAUUUUUCAUUCUCUAUGGAAUCAAUUGUUUCCUAUGCGGAUUCCUUCAACUCCAAGACGCGAUUAUUACUCGACCAUUUAUUUACGUGAUGAUGCUUUGCGACAUUUUUCACCAAUAUUUCUACUCGCCUCGAUUCUUGUCGACGUUCAAUUUUAUCACUGUCAGUUAUGGUAGAGUUGCGGUCACUAUAACACACGGAAUCACUGUGUUCAACCGGCUUUCGUGUGUCUACUACCCGAUAACUUAUGAAAAAAACUGGAACAGAGCACUUCCCUAUUUGAUCAUUUUUAUAUUUCUCUCACCUCUUCUCGUUGUCUGGAAUCUAUUCAUCUCGAGAAUCUACGUAUCUCCAGUAUUUGGAGGAUUCUCACCAAAUUAUAUGAGAAGAGUCUCUUGGGCUGGUGUUUCCCUAUUCCAAACGAUAUUGUUACUAAUUUCCAUUGCAAUUGACAUAGUGGGAACAAUUGGAACCAUUAUAAAAUUAUCAUUGAUGUCUGUGAGAAUGAAAAAAAGCGAGCGAGCAUUAUACGUUACUUCCAUUGUUACCUCGAUUGGAUUUUGUUGUGCAGCAAUGUUUCAAUACUAUUUCGCUACAAGUCAUACAUUGGACACAAGCUCACUGUACGCCCUUAAUUUCAUAUGCUAUGACUACAUUUUUGCGUCCACCCCUUUGAUCCUUCUUUACAAUAGCCGCGAGCUUCGUAGUCACGUCUUCCGCCUCAGAAAAUUGUCGUCAAAUGGGACCGUCUUCACAGUUCGCACGAUGUCAGCCAUUCUCCAGUAUGAUCGGGUAACCUAUAAAUGCAAUUGUGGAAUCUGGAAACCGCUUCCGUCGUUGUAUUUUUGCCGAAAUUGUUUCAAGUUCAAAUGUGACGAGUGUGGAAUGAAAGAAAUUGAUUUACUCUUCUGCCCAAGAUGUCUAGAAGUUUCUAGUGUUCCCGAUUCCAGAAUGAAGAAAAAUCGAUGUUUCAAUUGCAACGACUGUCCGCUAUGUGAAAACGUUUUGAGUGCAAGAACAUGUGAUGAGAAAUUUUACUUGAUUUGCCAAUAUUGUCAAUGGUCAACGAGAGAAGCAGGAGUUGAAGAUCGGGAAAAUAUUAAAAAAUGGCCGAUUCAUGAAAACCCGAGAUCUGACUUUUUCCAUGAAGUAGUCUCCUACAUGAAACGUCUAGAGGUUAUCGAAAAUGCCCCGAAAGAGCUGAAAUCGCGAAAAGCUAGUAAAACCUGGUCGGCGCUUCACCUUAAAGACAAAUUCGGCCUUCAAAAGAUGGUUGAAAAGCGACGAAAAAUGUUGGCCCCAGAAACGAAGCCAAUGGAUCCUCAUGCUCCUGAAGAUCCUCCAACACUUGAGGACGAAUUCAAUCCUCUAGAUUUUCGAAGUUUGGAUGAACUGAUUUCGCAACCAUUAGCAAAUCAGUCGGAUGCUUUGUUGCCGGCUAGGGUCGCUCUUCAAGCAAGGACUUUAGUUAGAUGCGAUGAAUGCGAACGAACGUUGAUCAAACGCGAUUUCGGAGCUUCUUCGUACAAAUUUAAGAUUUCUACUUUUGCUCGAGAAUUCGCACCUGACGUGCGAUUGUCUCGUCCAGUUGAACUCUCGCCAGGAAAACAGUCUCAUGUCCUUCUUUCAAUUACAAAUCAUUCAAUAUCGCCAUUAAACUUAACAAUAAUUCCAUUAUCUGAAGAAGGACUCAUUAAAUGUGAAAUGAAGCCGCUGGAACUUACCUUACCAUCGACGAAGGAUGCGAAUACACCACCUAAAGGGGUUCCUGCUGAGCGAAGUGACAUCAUCGUUUUCCGACAGCAUAAUCGAGUAGGCCUUCAAUUCGAGGUUGUUCCAGCCAACGAAUCUGAUCGAUUCCUUGGCUUCCACAUCAAGUACACCCAAAAUGGCGCAUUCGAGCAACAAACGCUUUCCGACGCGGAUUCUUCGCAGAAACACGCUGACAAACCACUAGAAGUGUUCCUAAAAAUUGCUUUAAUCUAA